GCGCACGAGUAGUUCACUUCUGUUCGGUGUGGUGUUGCGGUGAUUUUGAGGGGCCAGCUAAAGAGAGCAAGAGAGAAAGAGAGUAAAAGCUCUACGCUCGCACACGCUCGUCCGAGGGUGCGAAAGAAGAGCUCGUGUUCCCUUCGAAAGACGAUCGUCGCAUCGCGGCUCCGGAACACGAGCGCGUAAUAAAACGACAAAAAAUUCGCGUCUGAUUUCGGUUGGAAAUAACAAAAUAAAUUGUCGAUCGUGCACCGAGAGGGGACCACGUCGCCGCAUCGAGCCGUCAGGGUCGUCCGUCGUCGACGACCGUGCUGGAUAGGGUACGGAAGAAGAGUGCCGACAUGUCGGCGUUGAACGCUGCGCUUUGUAGACGCGGGAUAAUCCUCUGGCUGGCCGCCGUCCUACUGCUGGCGUCACGAUCCACGCAUUCUGCGCCGGUAUACGAUCAAGAUACCACACAGAUCGCAGAAUACGAUGGUGGAGCUCCUGUUGGAUGUUACUUCAACUUUCAGCGAUAUCAAGAAGGCGAUCGAAUCGUUACGAGCGAACCAUGUUUAAAUUGCACGUGCCACAAUCGAAUGCUGAUGUGCUAUCUAAAGGUGUGUCCCUUCACAAAAGCGAUCGGUCAGGACUGUACAGUAGAGAAGCGUCCGGAUCAAUGUUGCCCUGUGGUCACAUGUCCGGAAGUACGGGUUCAACUGUUGACGUCGACGACGAGCGCACCAGCAAUCUCGGAUUCCAUGGAGGUCGGUUUCCAUGAUAAUUACGGAUGCUAUAUCAACCAGAGAUUUUACGCAGACGGCGCCAUGCUGCCCGUGGACUAUACAUCUCCUUGCGAGCUCUGUUACUGCAUCAGGAACAGAACCACUUGCGUCAUGCAAGAAUGUACUUUACAAGUGGCGGGAUGUAAACCGGUCUACCAACCGGGUGUAUGUUGUCCAAUCAAAUACAAUUGCGAAUACGAUGACGAACUUAGCACCACGGUUGGUCCCACUCCAGGACUCAUCGCUACCACAACACUACCUCCCGGCGUGUCGCCGCAAUGUUACCACCAAGAUAAAGUCUAUGAAGACGGUGAGCUAAUUCCGACUCAUGCUUGCGAACAUUGCUAUUGCUUCCGUGGAGAGAUUGCAUGCGCUGUACAACAGUGUGGAAAGCCAAUGCAAGCGCACGGAAAGAAUUGCACGGCCUUGCCGCCACCGGAAGGAGAAUGCUGCCCGACAACAUAUCAGUGUGAAGAAGACGACCAAAGAAUCACUAUUCCAUCAGAAGAAAGUGAGGAACAACUUCCGGAACAAGUACACGAUGUACAACUGACCGAGUCUCCGAUGAUAAUCGAUCAGCAAGGAACGGAACAUCCUCAGAAAGAAACAUUCCCAGGUGCCGAUAAUGAUAUACCGCAUGCUCCUGAGGAAGAAGAAGGUAUUCAAGGAACUAUCGAAUACGUUACUCAGGAACAAACUCCGUCUACCGAGAAAUCUCAAGAACAACCGGAAGAACAACCCGCAACACAACCGGCAGAAGAGACCGUUGCACCUGAAGCAGAAACUACUGCUUCUGCUGAGAAAAUAUCUACUCCUUCUCAUGAAUAUGUUACCGAAACGUCUCCCGCUGAAGUGACACCAAAAGAACAAGUAGAAGAAGAAACAGAAACAUCAGGCGCACAAAAACCUGAAGAUUUAACUACUGAAGCACCUGCUGUCGAACUACCGGAAGUGUCGUCUACUUCAGAAGGUUUGCCACCGAAAGAGGAAACAGUUACUACAGAAUAUGUAUCUGAGGAACAUGUAACCACAGAAAAAGGUAUUGAAAAAGAAGGCACUCCUGUUAUCACAGAAGAAGAACAAUCAACAAAACUUCCAGUUAGCGAAGAAGAGCAACCUGAAAGUGCGGUAAAACCAGAACCGGAGGAGACUGUUAAACCACACGAAGAACUUUCAACGCAGGUCCCAGAAGAAAUAACUGAGGCAGAAAAACCAACAGAAGAAGGAGAAAUCAGUGUGACAAGAGCAUCGGAAAAACCAGAAAUUUCGACUGAAAUUGUUGAGAAAGCAACAUCGCCGAUCACAGAAAUAAAAGAAUCUGAUACUACUCCUAGUAUUCCUGAAUCUGUUACCGAACAAACAAAGAAAGAUGAGGGCAAAGGAGAAACUCCAUCAGGUGAAACUUUAGCUACUCAGACGGAAUUACCAAUAGAGGAAGAAACUGCGACUAUGGGUCAUGAAGUAUCUAGUACUGAAGAAGCCGUUGAGAAAGAAGUAUCACAUACAACAAAAGCCGUUACGGAAGAGACCUCAUCGACUGAAGUAAGUCCGUUUGAAGAACAGAAACCAACUGUUAGUGAAGAAGAACAAUCACAUACAACAAAAGCCGUUACAGAAGAGACCUCAUCGACUGAAGUAAGUCCGUUUGAAGAACAGAAACCAACUGUUAGUGAAGAGGAACAAAGACCAGAAGAAUCAACAUCUGAGCAUGCAGUAACUAAAGAACAUGCUACUAUUGGCGCUAAAAAAGAAGAUGGUCUGCUUGAGAUUCCAGUAAUAAGUGAAAAACCUAUCACAGAACAACAACCAGAAGAAGAAUCAACUUCAGAAAUUCCAGCUCAAGGUCCAACCGGUAUACCUAUUCCCGAAAGAAGUCCAGAACACAAGGCAGAAGAUAAGAGUGUAUAUCAUGUGACUGAAGAUUACCAAGGCGCUACACGUCCAGAAAUUAUUCCUGAUAAUUUGAUGACUGAAUCUCCACAGAAAGAAUCUGCAACGAAGCUUUUAGAAGAGCACGAAACAACACUGGCUCCGUCACAAGAGACUGUAAAACCAAUUAAGAAAGAAGGAACAGAAUUACCAGCAGAAGAAACCACACAACCGUUAGAAGAAAUUACAGAAAUGCAGCCUAAACCUGAAAUUACUAAAGUCACAACAGAAGAAACAAAAACUGAAAGCACACCUGUUACACAAGCCGAAACACAAGCUACAGAACCUUCUGCGACUACAACUGUUUAUGAAAAAUCAACAGAAAAAGCUCCAGAAGAAACUGAGAAACCUACAUUACCAGAAGAAACUGAGAAACCUACAUUACCAGAAGAAGCACUAGAAACCAAAGUACCAGAAACAGAAAUUCCUUCAACAGAAACUCCAAGCGAAAAAAUGCCUACAAAAGGACUUGGUAUUGAAGAAUCUGGCGAGAGUUCUUCUGAAGAAGUCAGUGAACAAGAUGUAAAAGAGGUGCAACCAAAAAAAGAACCAGAAAAAGAAGAAGAAGAAGGAACAGAAUUGUCAGUCACAACUGAAUCAGAAGCAGUUCCUGAAACGCCCGCACUUGUAGAACACGAACAUACAACAAUUUCUACAGAUCUUGGAGAUAAACAAGCAACAGAAGGCGAACAAGUUACACCUAUAGUUCCUUCUGUUGAGCAGACAACGCAUGUAUCACAAACCGAAGAAGAGAAAACUGAAAUUACUCCAGUUGAAAAAGAAAUUCCAGCUACUAGCAAAAUACCAGUUGAAGAACAUGCUACAGAACAAUCUACCGCAUUACCAGGCGUAAGUAAGGAAGAAGAAAAAGAAUUGCAAACUGAAGAACCUGUUUUAAAAGGAGAACAAACUACAAUAAAAACAAUAGAAGAAGCCAAAGAAAAAUCUACAACGCAAGUAUCUCCUAUUGAAAAAGAAACAACUAGACAACCUGAGCAAUAUACAGAAAAAGUUUCGGAAGAAGCUACUGUUACAGAAACUUAUGGCGUACAAGAAACCGAAGCACCUAAAUUCGAAGAAACUUCUGAGAAAUCAGGAGAAACCACAUCGCCGAAAGAUACUGAACAACAAACUGAAACAACAAUAACAGAAAAAGAACCGUCUGCAGAAACGGAAGUUACCAGUAUUGAACAAACAGAAUCGCCUGUAGAACCAUCUAUCGGAGCAGGUGUUGAAAAAGAAGGCGAAGAAAAAGUAUCUGUGUCUACAUCCACGGAAAAGAUACAAACGCAAGAAACUCCUGUAAGUGAAACUGAAUUCACAGAGAAACCAGCUGUCGAAGAGAAGACUGAGAAGAUGCAGACUGAAUCUCCCGUUACUGAAGAAUAUUUACCGAGUCAACCUUCGAUUCUUUCAGAUCGCAAAGAAGAUCAACAACCAGUAGAACCAAUACCAAGUAAAGAAAGUGUAUCAAGUGAAGAGCAAAUAACUCAAAAGCCUAUUAAAGAAGAGGAAGAAACUACAACACACGAAGAACCACAAAAAUCGACAGUUUCUUCUGAAAUAGAAACAACUCAUGUUCCAUUCUCAGAAGAAGUUACCGAAUCCGUUAUACCAGAAGAAAAACCGGUUGAGGUUACUAGUACAACAGAAUCUAAGACAGUUGAAAAUGUUACGCAACCGGAAAUGCAGACAAUACCAUCUAUAAAAGAGGAACAAACUCAGAAACCAAUAAUUGAACAAGAACCCGAAAUACAUGAUGUAAGAAAAGAACCUCAAACAACAAUUUCUGUAACUCCAGAGGAACUUCAAACAACAAUUUCUGUAACUCCAGAGAAACCUCAAACAACAAUUUCUGUAACGCCAGAGGAACCUCAAACAACAAUUUCUGUAACUCCAGAGGAACCUCAAACAACAAUUUCGGUAACUCCAGAGAAACCUCAAACAACAAUUUCUGUAACUCCAGAGGAACCUCAAACAACAAUUUCNGUAACUCCAGAGGAACCUCAAACAACAAUUUCUGUAACUCCAGAGGAACCUCAAACAACAAUUUCUGUAACUCCAGAGGAACCUUCUGUAACUUCUACAAGCAUAAUUCUUGAAGAAUCAAGUGCAAGUGAAGAAAGUGCUGGUAUCAGUAAAACAACAGAAGCUGCAGUAAGUGAAAGUACAACAAUACCAGUAUUAAUUUCUGAAGCGUCAACACAGUCAUCUAUUACAUCUGGAGAAGAACAUAUGGAACAUACAGUUUCUAUCGAAAAAGAAAUCACAACCGAAUCUGCAUCUUUGGGAGAACAGACCACACAGUCAUUAAUAACAAAAGAAAAACCAAGCCAAGAAGAAAGUAAAACGGAAAGUGUGCCUUCUGAAGUAGCCACGGAAGAAGCUACAACUCUUAAAAUACCAAUUAUUGAAGAGCAACCGCAAAAGCCUGAGGAAACUGAGGAACCUGAGGGAGAAACAUCUACAGAAACGACUGCGGAAACACCUAUUCAUACCGAAAAAGACACAUCUGUUUCAGAAGAAAUGCCUGAGAUAAAACUUACUACUGAAAUACCAAUAAAAGAAUUACCUCAGUCAACUGAAUAUCCAACAAGCAUUCCUGAAGGAACUUCCACAGAAAAAGAAAGUAUACCAGAAAUUACAUCUCGUCCUUCAGGUAUUCCUGGAGAAGGUAAUUGUCUUGUUGAAGGACAAUCUUACAAUAAUAAUUCGGCUGUUCCACCGGCGAACAAGUGUCAAGUCAGUUGCCGUUGUAUCAGUAGUAUCGUACAAUGUGAGCUUGUGCAAUGUCCUGCACCACCACCACAAAUGUCAAAUUGCACGCCAGUUCCCAGUGAAGAGGCAUGCUGUCCAAUCUAUGCUUGUGAUUCGACAUCACCUACAACUCAUUUAGAAUCCGGUAGUCAUGUUGUAGAACCUCAACCUAAACCCGAAGAAACAGAACAGAAGACUGUUUCGCCAGCAGAAGUAACAACGGAAGUACCUAUCACAGAAGUUACUGAAGCAGUGAAAGAAUCUAGUACAAUAGCUGGUGAAAUUAGUACGUCGGAAGCAUCUCUUGCAGAAGUUACUGUUUCUUCUGUUUCUCCGUCAAAAGAAGAGAUAGAACCGACAGCAACAGAGAAACAGCAGACUACUCUGAAGUCUGUCGAACCAGUUUAUGAACAUCCAACUACAAUUGGACCAUUUGUUGAGCAACCUGAAAAAGACACUAUUCGUCCUAUGAAAACAUCACAGGAAUCUGCUAGUCAAGCGCCCAAAGAAGAAGAAAGUAUAACAGAAUCGACAGUUUCAACCGAGCAACCGCAAGAAGAAAAGCAGAUUCCUACUAGUAGUGAAGAGCAACAAAUGAUCACUUCAACAUAUGUUCCUGUGGAGCAGAAACUUCAAGGUGCUGAAGAAGAAGCUUCAACUAUUACUUAUAAAGAAGAAGAAGUUACAGUUCCCACUGUAACAGAAACAAAAGAAACGUCUACACCUGCUGAAAUAGAAAAAGCUACGACUAUUGCAACAGCUAAAGAAGAGGAAGCCACUACACUAAUUAAAGAACAAGAGAAACCCAUCGAGGAAGAAGGUACUGAAAAGGACAUUACAAUUAAGCCGACUAAAGAAACUGAAAUAAAACAACCAGAGGAGGAAAAUGUGCAACCAACCUCCGAAGCACCUGUUACUGAAGAACACGAAAUAUCUACGGGAGAAGUAACUGUUACGACAGAGAAACUAUCGACCAAACCGGAAAUUUUGGAAGAAGAAAAAACUAUCGUGCCACUUGAACAUGAAAGUACUCCUGUUUCUGAAAUUCAACCGACAACUGAAUAUAAACUCGAAGAAGCUGGAGUCACGUCAACUGAAAGUGAACAUGCUGUUCAGACUGAGAAAUCAGAAACUGAAACAAAACUGCCUACUGAAAGUGCUCCAGGCGAAAUAAAACCACAAGAACCACAAGAACCACUUAUACCUGGUGCCGAAUCGACGACUUUACAUGAUCAUACAGUAACUAAGGAACAUACAACUAUAAAAUCAGUAGAGGAAAGUACAGAAAUAACAAAAUCAGAAAGUUCAACUUCUGAAGCUUCUGUAACUGAAGAAGAACACGUCUCUAUUUUGACAACAGAACCAGAAACAUCUAGUGAAGAAACAUCCAAACAGGAAUUAGAAAAACCUGACGAGAAAACGUCUAAACCAGGUGAAGAAUUUACUCCUGAAGUUUCUUAUAAAGAAACAACGCCAGAAAUAGUUAAACCAACAGAAAGUACAGCAAAAAUAGGAAGUACAGAAUAUACUGAAGAGCAUACAGAACCAUCAAUUACAGAACACAAAGAAGAACCGUCUGUUACAGAAGUGUCAGAAGAAAAGCCAUCUGAAGCUGAAUCUCCAAUUACUACAGAGCAACCAGUAAAACCUACUGAAAGUGAAGAAACGUCUGAACCAGAACACGAGAAACCUACUGAACCUAGCGUUGCUCACGAAUCGGGAAGUACACAAGUUUCGGGAGAAGAAUAUUCAGAGUAUCCAGAAGUUAUAUCCGAAUCUCAUAUUCCUGUUGAAGCAGAAACUGAAUCAUCAACUCCUAGUGAAGGUGAGAUAACGGAAAGUAGUGUAACAAUAGAAAAAGCUACCCCAGAAAGCGUACCUAGUCAGGAGGAACAAGUGACACAGAAAUCUGAAGAAGAAAGCGCUAAACCAGAAACGGAAUUGCCUGGUAUAAUUGAAGAGCAAACUAUUGCUCCCGAAAUUCCAAAAGAGGAAGAAAAGAAACCUGAAGUUGGAAUAACAGAAGAACCAGAACAAUCGGUAACAGCUUCCGAAGUUACAGAAUCAGAAAAACAAGAAACAACAAGAGAAACUAUUGAAGAAGUUAUAACAUCUACAACGGAGAAACAUCCUGUUGAGGAACAUACUAAACCAGAAGAAAUACCGUCUGAAGGCGAACCAAGUGAAAAAGUUUCAACAGAACCAGAAACAACAACUGCUUUAGAAGAACAGAAACCUGAGGAGGAAGAACAAACUAGCAAAUCUGACUUACCGGAACAUACAGUGAGCGUACAAACAACAACCGUAGCAAAUCUGCCACCUGAAGAACAUUCAGUAGAGACAGAGAAAGACAUGCAUGAGCCUGAAUAUCAAACAACAUUAUCUACUACAGAAGUAUCAAAACCAGAGAUCGGCGAAAAACUUUCGCCUGAAGAGGAACCUGUUACAAUUGAAGGUGCAACAGAGAAACCUGAGGAAAAUGUCACAAAAGUUUCUGUUGAAAUGAGUUCAACUGAAAAACCUGUAGAAGGUUUGCCCGAAACAGAAAAGCCAAUUGAACCAGAACGAGAGACAGAGUUACCUGAACAAGGUGAAACUACUACAAAGGCAGUUGUAACCGAGGAGACGUUACCAGAGAAAGUUGUUCCAGUAGAAAUAAUUCCAGAAGAAAAACCAACUGAACUUCCUGAAGGCGAAAAAGAAGAGACGCAUUCUACUGUGUCUCCUACAGAAUCUUCUGUUCAUGCGGAAGAACCAUCGAUAACGACACUGAAGCCUACUGAGGAAUCUGUAAUUUCUGAAGAGAAAACUUCUAUACCGGAAAAAACUGGAUCAGAAGGUUAUCCAGAAGAUAUAACCGAAGAACCUCAAUCUACAGAACACGCACCUGAAGCACCUGUCACGAUAAAGACAGAAGAGCAUCCGGAAACCGAACAACCAGAAACUUCUUCAGAAAUUAGUAAACCAUCUGAGAGUCCGAUCGGUGAUUCUAGCUUGCCAUCUGAAGAGAAGGUUACUGUUGCACCACUGUUGCCAGAAGAACACGAACCUCAAAUUACAACAACAAGACCUGAAGAAGGCUUAUCUACUGAAACACCUUCAGACGAAAACAUAAAAAUGCAAUUUGUACCCACGGAAUCACCAAUAACAGAAACUACGCAUGAAAUUCCCACAGAAAGCGAGGGAAUUUCUCAUCCUGAUUUCCCGGAGAUUACCAUAAAACCAGAUAUUGAAUCUACAGAGAGUGAACUGACACUUGAAUCUGAUGAAGAACAUUUGAGACCGGUCAAUCAUACCACGGAACAACCUGACUACCAUCCUGACUUCCAUGAACAAUAUUCAACUACUUUAGCUCCACAUAUUUCGGAAUAUCCAGAUCAAUCCGAAGACAAUGCUCAUUUCCCUCCGUCUGGAGGAAGUUACUUGCCAAACCCAGAUGAAGAAUACGACGAGGAUGAUCAUAUUUACGGACCGGGCACUUGCCGUUAUGGCGGCAAAGUUUACGUCUCAGCACAGCAGAUACCCAGAGAUGAUCCUUGUGAUUUCUGCUUCUGCUUCAGAAGUGACAUUAUUUGCUUGCAACAGAGCUGUCCGCCACCUAUUCCGGGUUGUCACGAAGAACCGAUCAGCGGCUUUUGCUGUCCGAGAUACGAAUGUCCUGUUUCUAUGGCCGCGGCUCUUAACUUGACUACCACCACUACCACGACUACAACUACGUUACCACCCCUCUUCCACUCUCAUGCUUACAAAGGUGCCGUUAGACGAAGCGGCUGCCAAAUAAAUGGUCAAGCUUAUCGAGUAGGAGAAGUCAUUAAAUCAUCGUCUGGACCAUGUCUCCACUGCAUCUGUGGAGGUGACGGCAAUAUGAAGUGUGAGCCGCGAGUAUGCAGUCCAGAACCGAUGCUGAGGCAAAUGAUCGCCGCGGCUACGGCCAAAAGAAGGAGAUGAGCCGCCGACCUAAAUCGCGGAAUUCAUUUCUACAAAGAUGAAAGAGUCGACAGCAGGAUUUUCAGUGUAUAAAAGUGAAUUAAAAUUAUUCUAAACUACCUAAACGUCGCGCGAAACACAGACAAUAGUGUGCUUCGGCGAUCACGAACUGAGUGGCCAAAACGUAAACGUUUAUAUUAAUAAUAUUAUAUUAUGUUAUAUAUAUAUAUAUAUAAAGCAAGAAAGAGAGAGAGAUAGAGUGAGAGAGAGAGAAAGUGAUGAUAAAAGCGCGGGAAACGGGGAAGUUAUACCGGUCGAAAAAUUGUAGAAAAUUAACUGCGUAUCAGAGCGCGAUAUAUCGGUGCUAAUAUGCGAACACGAGGAAGAAACGAAGAAACGAAAGAGUGUAAGCAAAAAAAUCUUCGUUCGUGAUAAAUUCGCGUUCUCUUUUGUGAGAUAUUUUAUACGCUCUAAAAAAAACAAAAAAUAGAAAAAAAUUGCUGAACGUACGAGACUUAUGACUGUGCCUUUGUCAGUGUCGAAUAUCAGCGGCAUUGCUUUCGUUUCGUUAACGAGCGCCGUCCGCAAGCCACGGUCUCAUCGUCGAUAUUAAAUACACCCUCAAAGCAGAAUUUGAAUUUUAGCAAAACAAACUUCGAACCACAACACGAACUAAAUUUUAUCACGAGCAUUUUAAUGUUUUGCGAUUUAAGCUCUCUCAUCAAGAAACGAUCCCAGUAAAAUUUUUUUUUUAAUGGGAAACACGAGUCACAUCGUGUAACAUUAAAUUGCUUGGAAUGAAGUUGAUCUUUUUUCGGAUUUGCUUCGAGAUUUGUUUUGCUAAUGUGAAUUCUGUUGAAAAGUCGCGAUCGUGAUGGGGAAAACAGAAAGAGAAGAAAUACGACGAAUGCGUUUCGUACGACGCACAAAAAAAAAAUGCCAAAAGCAGAAGAAAUUUGUCAGUCGUAAUGCCGGCCGAUCGAUUGCACAGUGAUACUGAAAAAGUGGGAGAGAAUCGUAGGAAGGAUAUCUCAGUCUAUUAGAUCGUUUAUACAGAUAGAAGUUUUUUAAAACAUUUUUCUACGCAAAAACUACGCACAUCCGCGAUAUCUUUCUUACGAUGUUACAGCUGAAAGUGAGAAAUAAGGGAAAAUAAAUAAGAUUGCGACAACAUAUCCUUACGCGCGCGGCUCAUGUAGUAUCACUGCGCAAUCUCAAGCGACGACGAUAUGUCAUUACUUGCAAUGCGAUCGAGCGUGUUCUAGAUCGUUUAUUCGGCUGCCACGUGUAUCCUAACGAUUGGAUCACAUUACUCAAGUUUACUGACGUUUACGCGCACUCGAACACGAUCGAGAGAUCAGUGUUGAUCGGCAUAGCCGAUCGUGCUUCCAGUUAUGCCUAAGCCGCAAAGGAUUCCCGAAGGAUCCUAGUCGUUUCCUUCCUGCGGAAGAGUUUCCGAUCGAGCCAUUCUCUUUUUUUUCUUUCUGAUCGAUCUGCCAAAUCGUAUAUAUACAGUGCCAACGAUCGUGUCCCAGUGCGCGCGUGUGAGCGUAUGUAUGUGCGUGUGUGUGCAUGUUGCAUUAUAAUAUGUUAAAGGAUGAAGAAAGGAAGCCAGAGAGACGAAAGAUACACGCAUCUCAAAGCUCAAACAGCGGCUCGCGCGGAGGACCGAUCCGAGAACUUGCUUCUCCGGCGAGCUGGCGUCAUUAUAUAUAAAUAUAUAAAUAUAUAAAUAUAAAAUAUAUAUACAUUUAUAUAAUUCUUUAUAUACACUGUACCCUCCUGAUGAUAAUACUUAACGAUGUUCUAUACAUUUGUACGAAAGUAUAUAGUUGUCAUUAAGACGAGAUAAACCGCCCACGCCGAUUCUCCAGUCUCAAAGUGUUACGUGUAAGAAUAGAGGAAGCGAUAUCACUUUCAGGAUCUUUUGAAUCUUUACUCUAAAGAUCAAUUAUGUUAUAUCUUGAUAGAGACGCGGUUCACACAAUCGUCGUUCAGAAGCAAGAGUUAUCGAGCAAUUUUAUGCUUUGAGACUCCAGAACUCCGCUAGGCUCUUCUUAGUAUAAUAAAUAGAACGAAUGCUCUAUAUAUAUAUAUAUAUAUAUACAUAUAUAUAUAUACAUAUAUGUAUAUAUAUAUAUAUAUGUAUAUAUAUAUAUUAUAUAUAUCGUCGCACAAAAUACUGCGCAUACUGUCUGUAUUUAUAAUAACUGGACGAAGACGAGUCGAAGUUCGGUCUUCCUGGUAUCAGUGGUCCGUUAGUCCUAGUACUUUUAUUAAUAAUUAAGCUAAUAUCUGUCCAGGAGAACAGCUCCUCGCGAAGAGGAGAAUUAUGAACGCGUUUUCUCUUUUGUUUUUGUUCACGUAGUCGUAAAAGAUUUUUCGCUCGACUUGAAAGACCAACGAAUAACCGCGACAUAUUCAUAGAGCUUCCACGGCAACUCGAUCGUGAUAUAUAAAGUGGCCAUAUUGUUACUGUUUUUCCAGAUAUGAUAACUAAAACCGAUCUUCCACGUAACAUCUGUAAUAAAUGAUUGACACACACAUGUAUGAAACGUUUUUUUUGUUUUAUGCGGUCAUAAAUGUUACAAUUAAAACACGAUGUCUCGUAUAUCUUUGUCACUUUCAGUCAGACGACCAGUACUUUAAUUGUAAAACUUUAUUUGAGUAGAUCAAAAAAAAAAAAAAAAAAAAAAGAAUCGAUAUCAUGAGCUGUUCAAUUAGCUGAAACAAUACGAUCUCGAGCUUGUCUUUUAUCGCGAGUUUAGUUUUUUUUUUACAACAAGCGACGAAAGAAAGAUGUUUGAUACUUUGCUCACUAAAAGAAGUUAUGCGAUCGAUAACGACACAUAAUUAGAUGUGUCGGUGCCGAUUCGAUCGGCGUCGACGAUACGUGCGGUGUGCAAUCGGUCACCGCGGCUCGUCGUUAAAAAAUCAGAGUCGAGUCAGUUCUUUCCAUGCCAAUAUUGUAGCGAUUAUAGAACAAAAACUAUAUAUUUAUCCUGAUAUCAUCCCCCCAUCCCUUCAUUCAUAGCGUGUAAUACUACCGAAGGUAAAUAAGUGUCGAGUGUUUACAAAUAAGUUUUACGAUAUUAUGGUACGCUAUUGUAGUACGCUGUAAUAAAACGUAAGAUGUACGAUCAUGUGGUAAAUACAUAGAAAUGCAUGUGUAAACUAAUGUCAAAGCCGGCGAGAGCGGAGUGCACUUGUGAGACAUUACUUUUGUCUCGCGUAACUUUGUAAACACAUUAUUAUAUAGAUACGCGCAUCAAACUUACGCACAAAGCGACCAAUUUUUUAUCCAUUGAUGUCAAUUGCCUUCGUAUAAUCGCUACGGAAAUAUAUUCUCAUUCUGCAGUUUCGACAUAUUCGUGAUAUUUUUCGGCAUCGAAUAUCGAGGAGACGUACGGAAAAUUUGAGAGAUUUGAAUUUUCACGCGUGUGCGCGUAACGCAGCAAGAAUAUGGCGCUUAGUAUAUAUAUAUAUAUAUAUAUAUACAUAUAUAUAUAUAUAUACAUAUAUGUAAUACUCAAUCCUCGCGAUGGAUAAUCCCGGGCGUUUCAAACUCGUCAUACGUGAGUACGAUUGCAAUAACUAUACGACGCCCUUAUUUCGCAUUGUAUGAAUAUAAUUUGAUAUAUCGUUCGUCGCGUAUUAUAAUAUGUGAUAAAUGGAAUAAACGAGAGCGCGCGAGCGUCCGGGACGAGAGCGUCCCGGCGGUGCCGACUGUAUGGAAGUAGGAUAGGUUUGACAGUACGUGCUAGUAUAAAGUGUCCUUUUAUAUGAAUAAAAGAUUUUGUAUGUCAAUCUGUA